AUGGGCAUCCCAGCUCUCUGGGAUACUAUCAGACGCUACGAAGAAGCGGUUCCGAUUGCACAGCUCGCUGAAGAUCACCACCGGCGUCAUGGCAAGCCUCUCAGAAUCGCUGUCGAUGAGGCCGACUGGCGCUUCAACAAUCUCACGCCCCAACAAGUCUAUGCGAUUCGUGAUGCGACCAAUCAACAUGCGUUUCAAGGCGUCGAAAAGGCCAUGUUCUACCGCCUCUGUCGCCUCCUAACGCUGAAUAUCCAGCUCGUUUUCGUCUUCGACGGCCCUGGUCGCCCUUGGAAGCGAGGCAAGAGAGGGCAAGGGCGUAUUAAUUAUGAAGAGAGGCGGCUUCUACAGGAGCUGCUCAAAUAUCUCGGAGUUCCAUAUCAUGAGGCUCCCGGGGAGGCAGAAGCAGAAUGUGCCCGUAUGCAGAUACUUGGUAUAGUCGAUGCUGUGUGGUCACAAGACUCUGACUGCUUGAUGUUUGGCUGCACCCUUUGGUUCCAUGAUCAUCGUAUUGCGAAGAACGAGGGCGUAACAGAUCGCUCCAAGGAAAAUACGAAGAAAAAUGGCAAGUACGCCAGUGUGGUACGAGCCAUUGACAUGAAAGAAAGAUACAACCUGGACCGGGAGGGUCUGGUACUUUUCGCCAUGCUUGUUGGUGGAGACUAUGAUCAACAAGGUCUACCCCAGUGUGGACCUGGUAUAGCUCUACAGGCCGUGAAGGAAGGGCUUGGAAGAAGUCUUUGUGAGUGUCGAAACCAAUUUGAUUGUCGACUCUGGAGUCAAGAGUUGGCACAGUUCCUGAACACCUCGCCUCGAGGGCGAAGCAUACCUAUACCCUCAUUGUUUCCAGACUAUGACAUUCUGAAAAAAUACUACCGUCCGAAAGUCACCAGUGACCAGGACCUGCUCCUAGCAUCGAGGCUCAACUUGGACUAUAUCCGCCCAAUUCAAGAGCACGAACUGCUCAAGCUAACAAGUGAACGAUUCAACAUCUGGGGAAGACUUUAUAUGAAUUGGAUCGGUCCAGUCCUCCUUACUCGAGACCUCGCAUCAAGGGACUCAUCUAAGCCGAAGGAGAUGGUUCACGAAAUUAGAAUCCCCAAGCAGCGAUCCAAGACGGAACAUCAGCCAUCAAUGCGAACCUUUGAGAGAAAGAUCACGUUUUCCCCUUUUCGUGUCACAAGUCUUUGCAGGGAUGACUUUGAAGGCUCACAAUUUGGACACUGGAAUGGUGAUGACAAAGUACUUUUCGACCCUAAAUACCGCGUAGAGUGUGAGAUGCCUGAAUAUUGGCUUCGAAAAACUCUUCCGGCAGAGGUUCUCAACUCUUCGCUUCCAACUCCUAAGCCACAUUCCAAAAGGAAGCGGACAGCAGGUGAUGUCGAGGAAGCGAUGGAGUCACCUUGCAAUAAGCGAAUAUUCAAACCCCGCAGAGGUCUUAACUCAGAUACCAGUAAAUCUCACGCGCCUCAAUCGACAAAGCCUGAUAUAUUGGUGUCAGAAUCAAAAUUUCUGUCCAAGAUGUCCAAACCAGACUCUACAAGUCCGACUAGUACACGAAAAUCGAUCGAGUUCAUUGAACUUUCUGACUCGGAAGACGAUGAAACCCUUCGAGUUCCUUCGAUUCCCUCGUCAAGACAACUACUUUCUAUAGAGGCUGCUAGAUCUUCUCCCGGCCUUGGUCCAUCUACGGCAUACAGUCUAGCGACCCCUAGCAUAUCGCAAAACAAUCGGGAAGAUCGUACUCCAUUUGAUUUAUCAAAUAAGAAUGAUGAGUAUGAUGAAGUUUAUGAUGAAGAUCUUCAGCUUGCUUUACGUCUCAGCAUGCAAGAAGCCUCCAGCUCCAUGAUGCAUUCGUCAAGCAAGGGUAAAUUUGACGAUAUCUUCGCAAUGAGAGAAGAAGGUCGGAGUGUGGAGGGGUUAGCUGUGCCUGCUUGGUCACUUGACCAGGCAUUGACUUCUGAUUUGCUUCCACCAGAUGUUUCAACGCCAAGUAGACAGGCUAGAGGUAUUGCGUCUUCAGGUAGCAAUCCUUCUCACAGUGCCACUCAUGCAAAUUUUGCUAGAGCGAACUCAGGUGGGUUGCGUACCCAACCUUCCUCUAAACGCUCCAAAGUAGUACGAAGUUUGGUACCGUCACCCACAAGAGGAGAGGAUAUCAUUGCUCGUCCGGAAGCGAGCUCCACCACCCCUACCAAGCAUUCUCUUGACGAUAUUCGAGCUGCCCGGCUUCGACAUUUUGGCGCACACUCCGAGACUAAGAUCAGAGGUGAGUGUAAUGUCGCCUCAUCGCCACCUAGGGCUACGCUACCUGGCCAUGAAGUGUCCUCUACGGUUGUACCAGCAUCCAUUGAGUGCAUUGAUCUGACUGAAGAUUAA